UAGGGGAUCGUCGGACCUAGAACUUGGUGGUAAAAAUGAGGACACAAGAUAGAUUUAUAGAGGUUCGGACUGCCAAAGUAGAGUAAUACCAUACGUUCUGUUUGGGGUGUUGUAUAUUGCUCCCUACGCUUAGGUGUUCUUUGGUGUUAAGAAUUUGAUCCUUUGUUGUGGUUCUCUAAGGUCUUCAUCUACCGAUCUAGAAACUCCUGCCCCCUUUAUAUACUUCAGGGAGCUGAAUUACUAGUCGGUUAAAAAGAGUUCUAGUAGAAUUAUAUGGUACGAGGGAUUCUACCUGUCUCCUUCCUUCCUCGCCGGUAAUAUCUAUCCCCGAUAGUAUGUCGUCCAGUAGAGUAAACAAAAGUACAGUACGGGGCCGGCGAGGUGAAAACAAAAUUGGCGCAAGAUCCAAAACAGCGCGUGAUACUGGAUGGACGCGACGCGACGCGACGCGACCUUGCUCCGAUCCUUGUCUCCCUCGGUUCCUCCAUCGGCCGUGCGCGUGCAAGUGGCAGCCUCGAUCGACCCGGCGAACGCUGCGACCCGGGGAGUUUGGGAACCCGGCGGCCCAAGGUGAAUAAAACUAAAGAGAAGCUAGCAACGAUCGACUCAUUUUUUCGCCCAAAGCAUCGCAGAAUGACUUGUGAUUUCUGAUCAUAGAGCAAUGGUAGCUUGCAGAUCAUUUAGUGAGGAACGUCAACAUUUUGCACCGGUAAGGCGGUAAGAAAAGAUAUGAUCUAGGGUGCUCCUAAUAAGGGUCAUCACCCGGCUUCUUUGUUCAAUUAUAAUGAUAGCCUCGGAGCCAACAUGCACGUCACAUCAUCUUAGACCAUUCUUAAUGACGAGUUUUAAUUUAUUGUUUUCAAAAGGACUAUAUUAGCAAAUAACAACCAAUUGAUAGUUAAAAUAACAUCUAUAAUAGCUAGUUUUUUUUUGGUGCAUAUGUUCUCAUCACAUUUGAGUAUAUGACAUACAUUAGAACUUGAAAGCAAUGUUCAUGGGAUUUCGUAUAGAUAAAACUUCUAUCAUCUAUCUACUUCCUCCGUCCUAUAAUACAAGGCAUCCAAGCAUUCAAAAUUUGUCCUCAAAUAUAAGGCAUUGUAGGUACAUUUGGAUGAUUGCCAUUUAAUUCUUUCUAUAAUUAACAAGGUAUGGUGGCUUUAUUAUAUGCAACUACCAAUAACUCAAAGGUACACGUGUCUUUUGCUACUCCUGCUAAUAUGUCCUAAAAUCUUUAGGAUGCCUUGUAUUUAAGGAUGGAGGGAGUAUUCUUUUAAGAUUUGUCAUAGCACCAAAGUUGCUUACUUGGCACCUUAUUAAAUAAGAAUGAAACUUACAUUCAAAGCAGCCUUAAAGAGUUGAGGCUGGCGCAAUAAUCAUAAGUUGCAGAAACAUAACAAUGAUCAUCUUACGCAAAUUCGGAUGAGAACCUUCGUUCUCAUCAUUAAACAAAAUAUCACAUAAGCAAAUUUGAUGGAAUGGCACUAGAGUUAUAAAAGGGGUAUUGUUUCACACAAGUUCAGGGGCGGAGGUUAGGCAAGACCAGGGCGGAAAAUGGCCCCCCGGCCUCCCCGGCAAACUUUCCAUUGGUUAAACAGUGAGCUCAUUGAUUUUUUUUAGCUCCACUAACAUAGGCUGGGCAUCCCUAGAUGUUUGGUCAAGCUCAACAACUCCACAAGUGUGUGCGCUCUUUUUAAAACUUAUUAGAAACUUUUCCACACAGGCGUUGGAACAAAUGUUUCAUUUUAUCCAACAAUGUCCAAUCUUGUAAACCACUGUUAAAUGAUACCGUACGUCAGAUGUAAUUGUUUCAUCCAUCAACUUAUUAAUCAUCAGCACCGGUUGACUUUACCAAUAGAAAUGCUAUCUAAUGCAAAGUGGCAGCCUGCGGCCUGCGACAAUGUGACCGUGACAGCUUAACAAUGCAAGUUAAACCUACCGGCCGGCAAGCGGCCUUUCUUAAGCAUGGCUGAGUAUCUGACCUGCCUGCCCAGGGUGAAGACUGAGAAGAAGCUGUAGCUGUGUAGCACAGCAGAGGCAAGGAUGUUCCGAGCCGUACGGAGUUUUCUCGUGGGGAAGAGUCACGCCGAGCCAGCCAUGUCCUCCUUCCUCAGUCGUUUCUCCACAGCGUCCGGCUCACAGAGGCUGGCUGGAAAGGUGGCGGUGAUCACCGGCGGCGCGAGCGGCAUCGGCAAGGCGACGGCCGCCGAGUUCGUCAGGAACGGCGCGAGGGUCAUCCUCGCCGACGUCCAGGACGACCUCGGCCACGCCGCGGCCGCGGAGCUCGGCGCGGGCGACGCCGCGAUCUACACCCGCUGCGACGUCACCGACGAGGCGCAGGUCGCCGCGGCGGUGGACCUCGCCGUGGCGCGCCACGGCCGCCUCGACGUCGUCUUCAACAACGCCGGGGUCAGCGGCAUCCUGGCGCCAUCCCCCGUGGGCGCCCUGGACCUGGCUGACUUCGACCGCGUCAUGGCGGUGAACGCCCGCGCGGUGGCGGUCGGCGUCAAGCACGCCGCGCGCGUCAUGGUGCCGGCCGGCCGCGGCGGGAGCAUCAUCUGCACGGCCAGCACCGCGGGGGUGGUGGGCGGCGUCGCGAUGGCGCCGUACAGCGUCUCCAAGGCCGCCGUCAUCGGGCUGGUGCGCGCCGUGGCCGGGGAGCUGGCGCGCUCCGGCGUGCGCGUCAACGCCAUCUCGCCCCACUACAUCCCGACGCCGCUCGUGAUGGGCUUCAUGGCCGAGUGCUUCCCCGGGAUGAGCGUCGACGAGCGCAGGCGGGUCGUGGAGAGGGAGAUGAACGAGAUGGACGGGCCGGUGCUGGGGGUGGAGGACAUCGCGAGGGCGGCGCUGUACCUGGCCUCCGACGAGUCCAAGUACGUCAACGGCCACAACCUCGUCGUCGACGGUGGGUUCACGGUGGGUAAGGCGCCCAACAUGCCGAAGCCAGAACAUUGAGAUGGAGAGAGAUUCGGAGGACAAAUUCUCCGGAGAGCAUCCCCGUCAACUCCAUCUAACAACCAUGUCAUGGCUGUGAAGUUUCUUUCUUAAUCUCUUAUUGGUUCACGGGACCAAAGUUCGGUCGCUGUCACAUCGAAUGUUUAGAUAAUAAUUAGAAAUAUUAAAUAUAGGUUAAUUAUAAAACCAAUUGCACAAAUGAAGGCUAAUUCGCAAGGCGAAUUUAUUAAACCUAAUUAGUUCCUGAUUUGACCAUGUGAUGCUACAGUAAAUAUGUGCUAAUCAUGGAUUGAUUAGGUUUAAUAGAUUCAUCUCGUGAAUUAGUCACAGCUUAUGCAAUUAGUUUUAUAAUUAGUUCACGUUUAGUCCUUCUAAUUGGUAUCCAAACAUCCGAUGUGACUCGAACUAAUUUUUAGUCCAUGCAUCCAAAUACCCCCUUAAGCAAUAUUGAUUGAUGGGCACAAGUCUGUCUGUUGCGAUCUUCAUUAUUGGAACAUAUAGUUGUCCGCGAAUAAAUGACCGAGGUUUCUUUGUC